GCCAGGCAGGCAAAGCUGGGGGAGUGAGUGAGCUCAUUCCGGGCGCUGGAGAAGCAGCGAGCGGCGGCUGCUGCAGAAACGACAGCAGCAACUUUGUUGGGGAAGGAAUUUUGAGUGGGAAUAGGUCGGAACAGUCGUUGGAAGGGAAAGAUAAGUUCGUUGCUGAAAACAACCCAAAUCAAACACCAAGGAGGGAAAAGCCUGGCAAAGCAGAUGAAAUACGUUUAGAGUAUAUCACACAGUGGUACUGGCAAAAGGAAUAGAAACAUCAAUUCAUGUUAGUGAACGAGGAGAAUAAUAUCGUUUGAGAUUAUACAUGUCGUGUGGAUGCUGAUGCAGAAGUUUAUGAAUUUGUCAAGAUGCCAUGAACCCAUAGUAUGAAGCAAGUUUAAUUAUCAGCACUUCAGAUCAAAAUUUUGUGGAUGUGUGGAAAUACCUUACUUUGUGAAAAUGGAAGAACUAAGACUGCUAAGAAGUCUAUGAACAAUAGUGGUAGCUAAAAGCUACAUUUGUAGUCCAUUUAACAACUACAUUAAAUGAUCAGAACUGGGAUCUCAUGCAACCUAUAUAUUUUCUGGAGAACAUUCUCCAGAAGCAAGUUGUAAAUUUGAAAAGCAAAAAUGACUUGGUUUUUCUCUGGAGCUUGUUAAGGAAAAACACAUUUUCUAAUAAUGACCAGCUUGAAACGGUCCCAAACUGAAAGGGCUGUUGCUGCUGGCCUAUCAGAUGGAACUCCUAAAGUCCAUUCGGAUGACUUUUACAUGAGACGAUUUAGGUCACAGAAUGGCAGCUUGGGAUCUUCAGUGAUGGCUCCAGCAGGCCCUCCACGCAGUGAAGGGUCUCAUCACCUAACUUCUACUCCUGGAGUUCCAAAAAUGGGAGUUAGAGCAAGGAUUGCUGACUGGCCCCCAAGGAAGGAAAAUAUGAAAGAAAACAGUAGAUCAAGUCAAGAAAUGGACUCAUCAAGUUGCCUUGAUAAUUUGUCUUCAAAAAGUAGUCCUGGGAGUCAGGGGAGCUCUAUUAACUUGAACUCUAGUGACUCUGUCAUGUUGAAAAGUAUUCAAAACACACUUAAAAGCAAAACACGACAAUCUGAGAAUCUGGAUUCUAGAUUUCUCAUGCCUGAUGGUUAUCAUAGUUCCCCUAGAAAAGCUCUUCGCAGAAUAAGACAGCGUAGUAAUAGUGACAUUACUAUAAGUGAGCUUGAUGUGGAUAGCUUUGAUGAAUGUAUCUCACCCAGUUAUAAAUCAGGACCAUCGCUGCACAGGGAAUAUGGCAGCACCUCAUCCAUAGAUAAGCAGGGUACUUCAGGAGAAAGUUUUUUUGACUUAUUGAAAGGUUAUAAAGAUGACAAGUCUGACCAGAGAUUCUCAGCCACCAGCAAGUUCAGUGAACUCCUUAUUGCUAGUGGAAGCAAGGGUUCAGGGUUUUCUUUAGAUAUUAUAGAUGGGCCUAUCACUCAAAGGGAGAAUCUCCGAUUAUUCAAAGAAAGGGAAAAACCUCUCAAAAGACGGUCAAAAUCAGAGACAGGAGAUUCGUCCAUUUUUCGAAAGCUGCGUAAUGCCAAAGGUGAAGGGGAUCUUGGGAAGUCUUCAGACUUAGAGGACAGCAGAUCAGAAGAUAGUGUGAAACCUUGGACUUGCCCAAAGUGUUUUGCCCAUUAUGAUGUUCAGAGUAUAUUAUUUGAUUUGAAUGAAGUAGUAGUUAACAGGCACAACGUUAUUAAACGAAGGAAUACCACAACUGGAGCUUCUGCUGCUGCAGUUGCAUCACUAGCUUCUGGACCAUUAUCCCAUUCGGCAAGUUUUAAUUCCCCAAUGGGAAGUACAGAGGAUCUGAAUUCCAAAGGAAGUCUCAAUAUGGACCAGGGAGAUGAUAAGAGCAAUGAUCUUGUGAUGAGCUGUCCUUAUUUUCGUAAUGAGAUUGGUGGGGAAGGAGAAAGAAAAAUCAGCCUCUCCAAAUCUAACUCUGGAUCCUUCAGUGGCUGUGAAAGUGCCUCUUUUGAGUCUACUCUUAGUUCUCAUUGCACAAAUGCUGGAGUGGCUGUACUUGAAGUACCCAAGGAAAACUUGAUGUUACAUUUAGAUAGAGGGAAAAGAUACAUUGUUGAACAUGUGGAUCUUGGGGCAUAUUAUUAUCGAAAAUUCUUCUAUCAGAAAGAACACUGGAACUACUUUGGGGCAGAUGAGAAUCUUGGUCCAGUAGCUGUUAGUAUCAGAAGAGAAAAACCUGAAGAAAUCAAAGAAAAUGGGUCUCAGUAUAACUACCGUAUGAUUUUCAGAACCAGUGAGCUUACGACACUAAGAGGUUCUGUCUUGGAGGAUGCAAUACCUUCAACUGCAAAGCACUGCACAGCCAGAGGAUUACCUUUGAAGGAAGUGCUUGAACAUGUGAUACCAGAACUGAAUAUUCACUGCUUGAGAUUGGCCUUCAACACUCCCAAGGUCACAGAACAGCUUAUGAAACUGGAUGAACAAGGGCUCAGCUAUCAACUGAAGGUGGGGAUCAUGUACUGCAAGUCGGGACAAAGUACGGAAGAGGAAAUGUACAAUAAUGAAUCGGCAGGCCCAGCCUUUGAAGAGUUUCUCCAGUUGCUGGGAGAACGGGUUCGGCUCAAGGGAUUUGAAAAGUACCGUGCCCAGCUAGACACAAAGACUGAUUCAACCGGUACUCAUUCUCUUUAUACAACUUACAAGGACUAUGAAAUUAUGUUCCAUGUUUCCACUAUGCUGCCAUAUACACCUAACAACAAGCAACAGCUCUUAAGAAAAAGACAUAUAGGAAACGAUAUUGUGACAAUAGUUUUCCAGGAACCUGGAGCAGAGCCAUUCAGCCCAAAGAAUAUUCGUUCUCACUUUCAGCAUGUCUUCGUCAUUGUUAAAGUCCACAAUCCAUGCACUGACAACGUCUGUUACAGUGUUGCUGUGACAAGAUCCAGAGAUGUGCCAUCAUUUGGACCACCAAUUCCUAAAGGCAUCACCUUCCCCAAAUCAAACGUGUUCAGGGACUUCUUACUAGCAAAAGUGAUCAAUGCUGAGAAUGCUGCUCAUAAAUCGGAGAAGUUCCGCGCCAUGGCCACUAGAACCCGCCAGGAAUAUUUGAAAGAUUUGGCAGAAAAGAAUGUCACAAACACGUCCAUUGAUCCUUCUGGCAAGUUCCCUUUCAUCUCACUUGCAUCCAAAAAGAAGGAAAAGUCCAAGCCUCAUCCGGGAGUAGAACUCCACAGUUCUGGUUCUGUUGUAUGGACACUUCAUGCUAAAGACUAUAGCAAGGGUGUAGAUCUAGACUGUCUCCUCGGUAUUUCUAAUGAAUUUGUCAUUAUCAUUGAGCAAGAUACAAAGAGUGUUGUGUUCAAUUGUUCCUGCAGAGAUGUAAUAGGAUGGACUUCAACAGACACAAGUGUCAAAAUUUUCUAUGAAAGGGGUGAAUGUGUUUAUGUGGAGAAUUUCAAAAGCAACACUGAAGAUAUCAAAGAAAUUGUCAAAAGGCUAGAGCUUGUGACAAAGGGCUGCGAGUCAGUGGAAAUGACUUUACGUCGAAAUGGACUGGGCCAGCUUGGUUUUCAUGUGAACUAUGAAGGAAUUGUAGCAGACGUUGAACCCUAUGGCUAUGCUUGGCAAGCAGGAUUACGCCAAGGCAGCAGAUUAGUGGAAAUCUGCACUGUGGCAGUAGCUACUCUUAGCCAUGAACAAAUGAUUGAUCUCCUGAGAACUUCAGUUACUGUGAAGGUUGUCAUUAUACCACCUCAUGAGGAUUGUACCCCACGAAGAAGCUUUUCAGAAACUCACCGCAUGCCAAUGAUGGAAUACAAAAUGAAUGAUGGUGGAGUUCCAUAUGAGUUCAAGUUCCCCUUCAGAAAUAACAACAAAUGGCUGCGAAAUUCUAACAAGGGACAGAGCCCUCAUGUCCAACAAAUACCAUCACAGAUACAAAGUCCAGUCACCUCUAGGGUAUCUUCAGGGAAAGGUGAAGGAAAAAUGCCUCCUCCAGAACGAGCAGCCAAUAUUCCCCGCAGUAUCUCCAGUGAUGGGCGUCCACUAGAAAGUAGAAGAUUGUCUCCCGGCUCUGACGUCUACGUCUCGGUUUCAUCCAUGGCCUUAGCAAGAUCGCAGCAGUGCCGUAACUCCCCCAGCAACUUGUCAUCUUGUAGUGAAACUGGCUCUGGUGGGGGCACCUACAGGCAAAAAUCUAUGCCUGAAGGGUUUGGAAUGAGCCGUAGAUCUCCUGCCUCCAUUGACAGACAGAAUACAGAUACUAGUGGCAGUGGUAAAUCCACACCCAGUUGGCAGAGAAGUGAAGAUAGCAUUGCUGACCAGAUGGAACCAACAUGCCAUCUCCCUGCAGUAUCAAAGGUACUGCCAUCCUUCAGAGAGAGCCCCACUGGAAGACUGAUGAGGCAGGAUCCAGUUGUCCACUUGUCUCCAAACAAACAGGGCCAUUCAGAGAGCCACUAUUCCAGCCAUUCAAGCAGUAACACGCUGUCCAGCAACGCCUCUAGUGUGCACAGUGAUGAAAAGUGGUAUGACAGUGGAGAUAGGACUGAAUCAGAUCUGAACAGCUACAAUUAUCUUCAAGGCACUUCUGCCGACAGCGGCAUUGAUACCACCUCCUAUGGUCCCAGCCAUGGCAGCACAGCUUCAUUUGGCAACUCAGCAACAUCUCCUCGAUCAGGACUCGUAAAAGAAAAAGUAACACCAUUAUGGCACAGUUCUAGUGAAGUAGUCUCCAUUUCUGACCGGACUUUAGAAAAAGAGAGCCAUAUGAUGGACAGGAAGACAGAAUCGUCAUUAAGCUUGGAUAUUCAUACCAAAAGUCAGCCAGCCUCUAAUCCUUUGACAAGAGAGAACAGUGUUUUUAGCCUUAGUGAUGCCAUUCCCCAUGCCAGUACCAUGGGUUCCCGACACUCUGCCAGCCCCGUUGUUUUCACCAGUGCCAGGAGUUCACCUAAAGAAGAGCUUCAUUCUGCCACUUCCCCACAGCUUGCACCUUCUUUCUCCUCCUCCUCCUCCUCCUGUGGCCCUAGGACUUUCUACCCACGCCAGGGUGCUACUAGCAAGUACCUGAUUGGAUGGAAAAAACCUGAAGGGACAAUAAACUCAGUGGGGUUUAUGGAUUCAAGAAAGCGCCACCAGAGUGAUGGUAAUGAAGUAGCACAUCCUCGGUUACGUGCAUCAGCCAGAGAUCUUCGAGCCUCACCAAAGCGAACAUCUAAAUCAAACAUUGAGGAAGAAUUAAAGAAGCUGAUAGAUCUAGAAAGUCCAACACCAGAAUCUCAGAAGGACUUUAAGUCUCCAUUCCCUAGCACUCCUACCUCCAGGCGUGCUUUGCAGAGGACUCUAUCAGAUGAGAGUAUUUACAGCAGUCAGAGGGAACAUUUCUUUCCCUCACGAGCUUCUCUUCUGGACCAAGCCCUGCCGAAUGACGUCCUUUUCACUAGCACAUAUCCUUCUCUACCCAAGUCAUUACCUUUAAGAAGACCAUCAUACACACUGGGAAUGAAAUCUUUACAUGGAGAGUUCUCUGCCUCAGACAGCUCCCUCACAGAUAUCCAGGAGCAGAGAAGGCAGCCCAUGCCAGACCCAGGUCUCAUGCCCCUGCCUGAUUCUGCUUCUGACCUAGAUUGGACAAACUUGGUAGAUGCUGCCAAAGCCUUUGAGGUCCAACGAGCUUCAUUUUUUUCCACUGGUGAGGAAAACCACAGACCAGUCAGUGUUGCUUCCAACAGUGAUCAAGCUGAAGACCAGCUCCCUGUGCAGAUGAUGCCUUACAAAGGUAAAGAGUCUCCUCCUUCUCUUGCUUCUAAAGUUAACCAGCUGGAAGGAAUGCUGAGAAUGCUGCAAGACGAUUUAAAGAAGGAAAAAGAAGACAAGGCAAAUCUGCAGGUUGAAGUGCAGCAUUUGCGGGAAGACAAUUUGCGGUUACAGGAAGAGUCCCAGAAUGCCUCUGAGAAACUGAAGAAAUUCACUGAAUGGGUUUUCAACACAAUUGAUAUGAGCUAAGAUUAGCACACAAACACUGGCAGAAAUAUACACGUCUCUCUCUCUCUCUCUCUUUCUCUAGUGCGACUCAGCUUUAAUAACACCUGUGAGAGCCCAGUCAGAGCACUUUCACAUCUUUCAUAUUCUAGUACCCUUUUUUUUUUGGCAUCUCUGCAAAUCUCUCAGAACUAUUGCAGAUUAACAAUCAUUGUCUGCCUUUUGUAGGAAUAAAAGCAAAAAAAGUAAUUUUAAAGAAUAUAAAAGUUUAACUGCUAAAAUGUGAAUGUCUUUAUUUUUUGCACAUUCUCUUUUCCUGUUCUGUACAAAAGUGAUUUGGAGAAUGGACCAGAAUAACUGUCCACUUGCCUCUAUUUAUUUCUGUUCACUCCUUUGUAUCAGUUUCAGAGUAAUCUGCUUUAUCCUUGCUGCUUUGACAAAUAUUACGACUCCUAGAAAACUUAGGAAUAUGGUUAUUUUUUGCUGCUUCCUUUCUAUGGUUUCUGAAGUAAAGCGCAGGUAAGAGGAUGUGAACUAUGUUUUGGAUGUCUCUUUCAUCAUCUUUAGUGGUAUUUCCACACCUGUUGAAUAGAGCCAUUGCCUGUAGUGUGUGUGUGGGUACACGCACUUGUGUACAGUACAGCCUGCAGAGGCUUUAGCCCUGGCUAUGGCAAGUUAUCCAGUUCUGGUUUUUUUCCUUUUUUUUUAGCAUUAGUUAGUAGUGGUUGCCUGCUUCAUUUUCCUAGGGAAGCAAGAGCUUACCUUUCACCACUUUGGAAUGCUAAAUUGGCACCCUUUCUCAGGAUGCAUGAUAGAAGAGAAUACCUGCUCCUGCUAUAGGAAUUGCCCCCGCCUCUUCCUGCUGAUGGAUUUGUUUCAUCUACAUUUAGCUGGUGCCAAAGUGUAUUUGAGAUCCUGUAAAUGCUAACAUCUCAGUCCACCAUCAGUUAUGCAUCACUGUGCAGGUGCUCUGGUGCCCUCAUGAAGGGAGUAAGAUAUUAGCUCUGUCCCUACCAAAACCCCUACCUUACAAACACCUCAGUCAGCCUUGUUCCAUCCUCCCUAAUCCCAAAUGGCUUAUAGGGGGCCUCAGAAAGAGAACAAAGUGGAUCAUGCUACAUUGCAGGCAACAUGGCACAUGCUCUUAUGCAGAAUCCCCAUACCUUGCCUGGGAAAACACAGUGAGGCUGUAUCUGCACAGCCAGCGGCAGUGGCCUCCCACUGGCUUAAAUGAAGCUGGUGGGGCAUCAGGAUUGCUCGCACGGUCCUGUGCGGGCAGCCCCGAUGCCGACGCUGCCCACAGAGAUGGCUCCACACGGAGCCGCCCAGGGUGUGUGCAAGGGAUUUACCUUGCCGUCCUGUUCAGCUCCGGGCAGCUGCACAGACACACCCACGCUGUCCUCCGACCCCCAGGGGUCAGAGGGCAGUGUGGGCAUGUCUUUGCAGCGGCCUGGAGCUGAACGGGACAGCAAGGUAAGUCCCUUGUACACACCAGAGGGGCCGAAAGCGGCACCCUCACAUCUGUUCUGUUCGCACCGUGCUGGCCCAAAGACGCUGCUUUUGGAAAAAGUGGCACCUUCACGCCGCUUGGGCGGGCCCAGCAUGGUGCUGCUGUGUGAACAGCGCCCCAGGGAUGGUGUUUUAACCAUCCCUAGGUCACUGUUUUCCGCCCAUGCGGAAACAGCCUAUAACAACAGCUGUUGCAAUACAGGAUUCUGGAUCCAAAACACUUUUAGCAGUCAUGGACAUAUGCUGCAGCUACAGAACAUUCAAUCCUGCACAUAGUGAUAUCCAUGUCUAGAUGUUCUUGAGUUUGAUGGAACUUGCAUAUCCAUAACUUUGUGCAGCAUUGUAGCUUUAACAGAAUUCUUGCCCAUACAUUAAAAAAGUGAACAAAUCAAAUUAAUAAUUAAAACGUUAUUUGGCAGGCCUUUGGUUUGAGUAAAUCCUUUUAAUGGGGUGAGGGAGCACUACAAAGAAAAAUAAUUUGAUAAUUUAUUAAAACAAUCAAAGUUAUCUUUUUUUUUUCAAACUGGAAUUAAGGACAAAACCAAUAUUCUGAUUCCUAAAUCUCCCAAGUGUAGGUUUCCCAGCAAACUAGCUGAUAUGACAGGUUCGUGUGCUGACAGACUAACUUGCCAUAAUAUGUCACAAGGAUAAGCUCUUGAUGCUGGUCAGGAAAAGACUUGUGUGUGCCGCACCUGCCUACGCAUUGUUUCAAGUGGCAUGUGGUGAACUUACUUAAUGACCUUCUCUGCAUGCAACCCAACUGAAUUGAAUCCAUGAUAUUCUCUCCUCCCCAUUGCCUCUUUCGAAAGUAACAGCCCAUGUCUAUCCAUUUCAUGAAUGGUCUAUCCCCUUUCUCCCUGGGCUCCAGCCACUUUUCAUUGCUGGAAAUGUUCUUAACCACUGCCAUCGAGUCUUCCUAGCCUUUUUUGAUAUGCAUUUUCAUAACUUUAAUAACUGUACGAACCCAGAUGGUUUGCUUUGACCCAAAGCUUCAUUUGUGGUGAUGAUCCCCUUGGAAUGUGCUUCUGAUGAUAUUUUGCCAUGGAAAAGAGAUUGGUUUGAAAGUAUUUCUGGAGUGCUUCUGCAAAAAGUUAGAAUGUCGUAGGUAUUUUUUUUAAUAACUUGUAUGAAGGAGAUCUAUAUAAUGCCUGAUGUAAUUUGUAAAUGAGAAGUAUUGCUAACAUCUCUGAGCAUCCUGACUUUUUCUCUUUUUUUAAUUUUAUUUUAAAACAUUGGGACUUGGGGCAGACUAUUUAUUAGAGUUUUGCAACAGAGUUCUUGUAUCAAGCCACUAAAAGGCUACUUGUAUAAAAAAUUGACAAUAAAAUUCAUUUUAAAGGCUCUUCUAAAA